CCCCUUUUUUCCCCCGGGAGAGUGGGGGGAUCUGCUGGGACCCCACCUUCGAGUUGGUUUUGUCAGGCCGUGGGGCGGGCGUAGGUCCUUCGGACCGGGCCUGCCAGCGAACCCGCCCUCCCCGCCCCCCCCCCAUCUUGUCGGGCUUGGGACACCUGCGAGCAAAGGCCGGGGGGGGCCGGUCCCUGCAGGACCUGGGUUGCCGUGCUGGUAUUUUCUGCGUGGUGAAGCGAGGCGGCAGCAUCUCGCCAGGGGCUCUGGACUCUCUGGUUGCUGUGGCUUCUUCAUCGAGCUCCCACUAAACUCCCAAACGCACCGUUUGUGGUUCUGAGCAUUUCCAGGCUGCAGUGGGUCUGUCUGGUGGUCAUUCUGAGAUCGCCUAAAUCGUUCAUAAAAUGAGCUGGCGUUCAAAUAUUGCACUAUUAUGUGGCUUUUCCCUCCCCGCAAAUCUGUUUUUCAACUGUGGUGCAUUCAGGAAGUUUCAGCUAACUUAGGGCACUCACUGCCAGGCUGUUCGGUUAAUUACACUAAUGUUGUUAAUAAUACAUAUUAAUGUUGCUUGCCUGCAUUCCAUGCUUUUAUUGCAUUUUUGGAAUGUGUUUUCUGUUGGAAAGUGGUUUAAUGUUCAGAAACUGGUUGCAAAGUCUUGUUUUGAGAUACACAGAAAAGGGCUUUCAGGAUGAGCGGCCACACUUACAGGAUUAAGUUUUUGUAGUUUUAUGUCCUGGAUCUGUAUUUGAGAUUCUGAAUUGCACUCAAAGCCCUAGGGAGCGGUGGAAAAAGCAGGGGAGUAGGAGAAUCACGAAGUAGAAUAACUGCAUGCUGCUGCUGAAAUACAAGUUUCAUAAAUGGUAAAGAAGAGUUCAUGGUUUCUGGUUUGCAUAAUGGCAGAGACGGAAUAGGCGUAAAGGAGACUGUAGUGCGGGUGAGAAGUGCCAAGCCCCUUGGAAGGCUUUGCUCUGUAAAAAAGAAGAAAUGAGUCUUAGAAAUGACGAUGAAGUGUUUGGGACCAUUUUUGACUGGGACUAUCUCUUAUGGGAAGUUCGUUUGACAUUUAUAGCUGCUGGUUUUUUAAUCUACUUGGGGGUAUUUUUUCUGUCUCACUGGUUGUCUUCAUGGAUAAGCACCACUUAUCGUGCAUUGUAUGCAAAGGAGAAGGUGUUUUGGAAUAUGGCAGUCACACGUGGCGUGUUUGGACUUCAGAGUUGUGUUGCUGGUUUAUGGGCUUUGCUCAUAGAUCCUGUUUUUCAUGCUGACAAAGUGUAUUCACAGCAAAAGUGGAGUUGGUUUAACUGUUUAAUAGCUGCUGGAUUUUUCUUGCUUGAAAAUGUAGCUGUUCACAUGUCCAACAUUAUUUUUAGAACAUUUGAUGUGUUCUUGGUGGCUCAUCACUUGCUUGCUUUUGGUGGCCUGGCUGGUCUAGUAAUUAAUGUGAAAUCUGGACAUUAUCUGCCUUUGAUGGGAAUGUUGCUGGAGAUGAGUACUCCCUCAACAUGUAUUUCCUGGAUGCUUCUAAAGGCUGGCCGUGCUAGCACCUUCUUCUGGAAGGCAAACCAGUGGGUGAUGAUCCACCUGUUUCACUGCCGCAUGAUUCUUACUUACCACAUGUGGUGGGUGUGCAUUUUCAAUUGGAAUUCUGUGGUGGAAAACCUGGGACUUCUUCAUUUUAUUGUUUUAUUCUCGGGAUUAUUUGCCGUUACACUAAUACUUAACCCAUACUGGACAUACAAAAAAACUCAGCAACUCCUCCGCCCAACUGACUGGAACUUUGAAAGUAAAACAGUGGAAAAUGGAAAAUUAAAUGGUGAAACACAUCAAAAGAAGAGGAUAUAACACUGAAACAGAUGUUUCCUACUAGGGUAGUGGAAGAAUAUAAUGCAAAGUAAUUCUUUGCUUGUGAACUAGAAGCUUUUGCAAGAAGCUCAUUAACACAGUGAUUCCUUGCUGGUAGCAUUCUGUAUGCACUAGAAGUAUUUAAAAGCAUUAUUUGUGUUUCAUAUGUGCACACACAUAAGAUCUUCAACCUCUUAGUUACGAAUUGCACCAACAAUUUUAUCAGGUUGGACAGUAUUCCAUGAUUUAGUAAUGACAUGCUCUCUAAUGACAUCCUAUGUCCUAAUGCUUCAAAGUGGCUUUACAAUUAAUUUGUCUAUUAAGCUCAGCUUGAAUCAAGUUUAGCUUGAAUCCUAUUUCAUGUAUGUCAGAGAUACUGAUACUGGAAAUUAUGUUGUUUGUUAAGAUCAAUUAUGAACCAAAUUAGGUAUGCAUGGGUACCUAGUUCCUGUGUGCCAUUAAAUCAUUCCAAGUGGCUGAAUUGGUCAGUGGUAGAAGGCAGUCACGGCUGGGGUUUGGGUUUUUUGUUGUUGGGUUGUUUUGUUUUUUUUUUUUUAAGUGCACUUGAGGAAGAUAAUUGUUUGAGUGUUUGCUGUCAGAGUGAGUUGCAGCUUCCAGGUCGCCCUCAGUAUGGGAGGAGUUCCUGUCCACCACAAACAUGCAUGUGGGGUUGCAGGCAUUUGUUGUGUUGGUGGUCUAGCUAGCUAAUCAUAGUGGUCCCUUCUGGAUGUAAAAUCAGUGAAAUACAAGAGGUAAUGACAGAAUGUUUGACUCUGUUUCACCCUUGAAAAGAUUGCUGGUUGAUUAGUAAAAUUAUUUUAUUUGCAUGACCACUCAGGUCAACUUAAUUAGUUACACUAGUGCUCCUGUAUGGUUCCUCUAAUUUUUGAAAAAAAGAGGGGUUUGAGGUCUAUGGUGACUCCUCUGUGGAGGAAGGGCCAUAUCACCUCCUUCAGGAGUUCAGUUGUUCUUUUAGUAUUACUUUACUUUGAAGAACUUACAAAGUGACUCUAAUGAUCCUUUGCUCUUUAUCUGCCACAUCACUAAAUUUUUCCUUGACCUAAGGAAUAGGGGUUGCUUUUUUAGAUAGGGAUUUGUCAAACUGUGGUGAAUGUUCUCCUACUAAUAGUGUUGGACUGAUGGUUCCUGGGUGAAAUGUUGGACAGCAGAUGAAGGUAUAAAGAUCACGAUAGAAGAGAGUGACGCCUAGUGGCAGGAGAAUAAUAAAGGUAUUAAUUAAUUUUCAUGUACUGAACUAGUGAGAUAAAAAACCUGUUCUUUGAAACUUUGUUGUAUAGUGUGAGGACACUGCUACACAGUUUUACUUUCCAAAGGGCAAGCCCAAGCUGUGAAGAAUUUUAGGUCAAGGUGUGUGUUAAAGGCUUUGUGUACUGAUCUGUGGUUGAGCAUAUUGUUUUAAAUGUGUAAGAGAAGCACUGGUUGGUGUAAACAGCCUCAUUUUACUAAUUUUUUUGUGGGAAUGCCUUUGAUUUUGUUCUGAGGAAGCUAGUGGCCAGGUUGCUGUAUUCUCUAUUUUACUUUGUUGUGGGCAUAGAGUUGAAAAGCUACUGUAUGAGGGAGAGGAAACUUCUUACUGUACAUUACUGUACAAAUGUACAGACAGAUCUUGUUGGUGUGAUGAAGUGGUGAAUAUCUGAAAUUGCCUGUUCAAAACUAGGCUACGAGGGUCUUAGUAAUUUUGCACAGCAACCCUGUCUGUUAUCCUUCAGAUAUUCAAUAGAGAAAAAUCUAAAUUUUGUGUUACCUUCUUAAUUCUAAGCAGACCAGAAUGAUGAUAUAGUGUUUUGGCAGUGUCACCUGUCUGGAUGCUAUUUUAUAGAAAAGAGGGUUCUCUAAAGCUUAAAAUUACAUAUCUCUCCUGAGGGGUUGUGUGGGGGAGAGUAAUGUUAAAAGUACUUUAGAAUAAAGCAGAGGGGUGAAUUCCUCAGAAACAGAAUCCAAAUAUGUGACCCAAAUGCGUAUCUUGCAGAAUCCAAACCUCACUUACAGGAGUUCCAAGGGCAGAAGGCAGAGGAUAAGUCACCAGCUAUCAAAAUGAUGGUGUGCUUUAUGUAGCUUAAAACUGAAAGGUUUGGAUUCAAUAAAACAAGUUGUUUGUUAUAAAAAUCCCAGCUACAGAAUUCUGAAGAAUCUUAACAGAAAAUGGAAGCAUCAGAAGAAAAACAAGUUUUGGCUAAGUGAGUAAUUCUUAAAGUGGCUGGCUAAAAAAGGUGAAGUUUCUGUGUGCUGAAAUGAAAGAAUAUGGAGGUUUGAGGUUGUUGGUGUAUUUGGGACUUAAAAAAGAGAUUAGGUGUGCUCCAGGCAGACAGGUGGAUAGUUGUUAGUGGCAUCAGACUUCUAAAGUUUAAUAUUUUGUAUUAUUACUUUGUGUAAUGUUAUUAAAUUGGUUUUAAAUCUUUCACUAAAAGUAUUUUUUAUCAUAAUAAGGCAGUCUUUUUAGUAUGCAUCUUAGUGUGAGUUUUUUCACGCAAAGACUGUUACAGUGUAUCUUGAAAAUCUUUCAUAUGUCUUAACUAUAAUAAUACCUAAGAGCACCUGUUAACCUAAACACUACUAGAUCUCCUAUAAUAAGAGAGCGAUGCAAUAAAGCAAAUGACAGCACUCAUUUUGUUUCUGUUGGUUUGAGGGGUGAGGGGAUUUUACAGUCCAGCUAGAAAUACAACAGGACAUAAAAAUACAGACAACCUUUCUUAUUCAUCUUGACAGCCUAGAGUUGGAGUUACCAGUUCUAUUACAUGGAGCCUCUUUUUUUAUACUCAGGUGUUUUCUUCAGUGCCUUUUGGCUGCUUUCUUCGAGAGGAUUUUCUGGUUUAUGCUUGUGGGUGACUGUCUCAUUGCUCUGAAACAAGACUGGAAAAGCUAUCUUCACUGAGGGUUUUGCUGUCUAAUUACUCUCAUAACUAAGUGCUGCUCUUCAACCCAAAGGUAGACUAGCUAUAGUUUGUUUAUAAUUUUGGUAAUGUGAAACUAAUCCCAGUCCUGUUGGGCCUCUCUUACAAGUCCUCAUCUGCACUCUGAUGUAGAAAAAUUCAGUCAGCUUUAGUAGUGGCUAGAUCAGGUCACAGGGUGUGCUGCUGCUGUGAUUUGGACAACUCUUGCAUAAUAGAUUUUUGGGUGAACUUUUUGUUUGCCUAGGUGAUUAUUAGAGACUUCACCCUGCUUUCUUGUAGGAGAGGCUUAUUCAAGGAGUGCUCUUAGUGUCAUCUUUCUGGCUGAAACUUUAAAAAAAAAAAAAUCCCCCAAAUCCCAAACAAACAAACUGUGAUGGGGGUGUUUGGUGUUUAUUUAGAGGUUUGUUUUUGUUUGGUUUUUUUUGGUUUUGUUUUUUUGGGGGGGGGAUGGGGGGAUGGGGAGGGAGUGUUUUAAAGGAAGAUGUCUGAUCUAAGACACUCUGCCCAGGCACCUGGUUCUUACUGUCUUCAUACAGCAUUCCUAAGUCACAGUUUGUGUUUGCCUCCAUUUGUGUCCUGUCAUGUUUUUUUUCCAAAAGCUGUCAUGGUUUCCCCUCGCACCCACAAAUUUUUCUAUAAUAUUUACUCUUACUUGCAGUACUGGUCAUGACCUUGCAGCAGUCACAUUACCGCAGCAAUGUUUUUGUCUAAUAGUUUUCAGCAUGUACUGUUAGGCCCUUCCUUCGCUAAGUACCCAUGUCCAAAUCUUUCAAGUGUUUUUCCUUUUUCCUGAUAACACUGAUUAAAUAUUGAUGUCAUGUACAGUUAUAAGACACCUUUCUUAACCUCAGGGAGACUCCCACUUAAAGUGAAUUUAAAAGUGUUAAGCAAAUUCAAGUCUGCUCUGGUACAAUAUAACAUUUGUUGAACGGUACAACAUCUUUACAAUGUGUACAUAAAUAAAAGUAUUUUAUUGAA